UUUGCCAAACGAAGCAAGCCUCGACACAGUGCUUCUGAACCAGUGUGUUGUUUUUUUCGACACACGCUCCGGAGCGUCAGCUUCACGCGGGCCAUCACUAGUGUUGAUCCUCCGUUCAGAGCAGCAGGAGGAGGAAGGUGGAGUUGAGGCAGACUAACUCCACCCUGACAUCAAGAAGAUGGAGGAAGAGGACGGAGCAGCAUCUGCAGCAUCCAGCUGUGUGUCUGUGAGGAGUGACGGGGUUACACAAACACCUCCACCUUACAGUCAUGGACCUGCAGCAACAAAGUUCUUCAAUCAUGGAGCUCAGCUGACCAUAGGUCAGAGGUCACAGUCUCCAGUAUCCAGCUGUGUGUCUGUGAGGAGUGACUGGUCCAAAGAGAUACUUCCUCCAUACUUCAGUCAUGAACCUGCACCAACAAAGUUCUUCAGUCAUGGAGCUCAGCUGACCAUAGGUCAGAGGUCACAGUCUCCGGUAUCCAGCUGUGUGUCUGUGAGGAGUGACUGGUCCAAAGACAUACAUCCUCCAAACUUCAGUCAUGAACCUGCAGCAACAAAGUUCUUCAAUCAUGGAGCUCAGCUGACCAUAGGUCAGAGGUCACAGUCUCCAGCAUCCAGCUGUGUGUCUGUGAGGAGUGACUGGUCCAAAGAGAUACUUCCUCCAUACUUCAGUCAUGAACCUGCAGCAACAAAGUUCUUCAGUCAUGGAGCUCAGCUGACCAUAGGGAGGAAGAGGAAGAGGAGUGGUGUUUGUGAGGAGGAGCAGCUGUCCUGCUGUGCUUUGUGUCAGAACGUCCUGAAGGAUCCAGUCUCUAUCAGCUGUGGACACUGGUUCUGCAGACAGUGCAUCUCCUCAUACUGGGACCAGUCUGCUUCAUCAGGAGACUCGUCCCUGUCCCCAGUGUGGAGAAAGAUCCAGAAGCAGAGCUGGACUGCAGACAGCCAAGGCCUCGUGUACUCAGGAGUUUGUACAGAGAUCUUCAAAAGAGAGUGUGUGAUCUUCCAGAAACCAGUUUACUGCUUUGUUCAUCUGAGCAUUCAGGAGUUUCUGGCUGCAGUCUACAUGUUCCACUGUCACACCAACAGGAAGACAGAGGUGCUGAAGGACUUCUUGGAAAAUAAUCCAGAUGAUCCUUACUAUUACAUUUCAUUUUCGGAUGAUUUACUGAUGAGAGUCAUGUCUAAAUCCCUCCAGAGUAAAAAUGGUCGUCUGGACCUGUUUGUUCGCUUCCUUCAUGGCCUCUGUCUGGAGUCCAACCAGAGACUCUUAGGAGGUCUGCUGGGUCAGACAGAGAAUAUUCCAGAAACCAUCCAGAGAGUCAUCAAGAGCCUGAAGAAGAUGAACAUUGAUAAAAUCUCUCCUGACAGAAGCAUCAACAUCUUCCACUGUCUGAUGGAGAUGAAUGACCUCUCAGUACAUCAGGAGAUCCAAGAGUUCCUGAAGUCUGAGAACAGAUCAGAGAAGAAACUCUCUGAGAUCCAGUGCUCAGCUCUGGCCUUCAUGCUGCAGAUGUCAGAGGAGGUUCUGGAUGAGUUGGACCUGCAGAAGUACAACACAUCAGAGCAGGGACGACACAGACUGAUUCCAGCUGUGAGGAACUGCAGAAAGGCUCGACUGACUCACUGUGGAUUCUCAGAGACUCACUAUGAAGUUGUGGCCUCAGCUCUGAAGUCCAACCCCUCUCAUCUGACGGAGCUGGACAUGAGUGAGAACAGCCUGCAGGAUCCAGCAGUGAAGCUUCUGUGUGCUGGACUGGAGAGUCCAUACUGUCGACUGGAGACUCUGAGAUUAGCCCUGGCUGUACUGUAGGCGUGUGCAUCUCCU